AUGACUUCCGAAGAAGACUGCAAGAAGGCCCUUUCACGUGAAGAUAGUGAUAUAGACGGGGUUCCAUAUCGUCCAUUCCCCUGGACUCCAGAUUUUAAAGAAGAAGAAGAACCAUCCAUUGUGCCGGUUUGGAUCGUCUUGCCAGGUUUGCCUCCUAACUAUUAUCAUGAGUAUUUUCUUAAAAUUCUUACAACCCCAAUAGGUAGAUUUAUUAGACGUGAUAAUCCCACUCGUUGUGCCACUCGCAUCGAUGGUGCCCGUAUCUGUGUGGAGAUGGAUGCUGCAAAGGAGCCUUUACCUCAUUUUUGGAUUGGGACACCUGGAAUGGGGUCUAGUCGUAAGCAAGAGAUAAUUUAUGAAACUCUGCCGGCGUUCUGUUCCAAGUGCAAAAUACUGGGGCAUAAUGUAAGGACAUGUCGUGCUGGGAAAAAGAUUACUAGAAGAAAGGUAUGGGUUCGGCAACAAGAACCUGUUGUGGAAGAACCGAAGGAAAAUAUGAAUGCACCAGUUGUCGAGGAAAAAGAAGUUGAAGCAAAUCAGGUUUCUGAGGUAAAUCAGGUAAUAGGUGAAUCCUCCACACCUUUGAUUGAGGAGUUGGAAACGGAAAAAGAUCAUGGUGAGUCUCUUGAUAUUGAGGUUCCUGUAGAGGAAAUGAAUAAUAAGGUGUCCAUGCCAGAGAGGAAUGACGGAAGUUUGGAAUGUUCUACUCAGUCGAAGGAGGCGGAGUUGGCCACAGACAUGAGGGAGGUGGAUGUAGUUCCUAGUACAGAGGGGAGGGAGGAUGAUAAAUUAUAG